UAUGCGAUCCCAAGAAUCAUCAAGUUUAUUUUAUUUGGAAACCAAAAUAGAUGAACCUGACUGAGAGAAAAAUAAAAUCAGACUUUGAGACCUCUUAGCAAAGUUCCUCUUGAAAAGAUGGCAGUUGAAGAAAUAAAUGGAUAUUACAGCUUUCAACCGCCCUCCUUGGGACUGAGUAUCAUACUUAUAUUUCUUGACUCACUGAUGGUAAUUACAAACAUUGCCAUAAUGUAUGUGAUCAUCAGAACAAAGAAUCUAUGGAGCACAAGUGGACACUACAUGUUUCUUAUUGCAUUACUUGACUGUACAAUGGGAAUCAUUUUUCUUGAAGUCGUGCAUCAGGUUAUUGAUGGAAAGAUUAUUGAAAUAAGGUGUAGAAUCCAGGCAUACAUGAUGAUUGCUGUAGUGUUCUGGAGAAUGAGCCUGUUUACCUGUAUGAGUAUUGAUAGAGCCAUCAUGUUAAAAUACCCAUUGCGAUAUAACACAAUGGUAACAAAAUUGAAAACAAAGAUUAUUCAAGGAGUAGUUUGUGGAUUUUGCUUUCUAUUUGCACUCCCUGUUCUGAUAGGACAGUAUAUAUAUAGGGACUAUGGUUAUUUGUGUGAGAUGAACUACCAAUCACAUUCUAUUUACAGCUACAUCUAUUUUGGAAUAGGUAUGCUUAUAUGUGCCAUCCUGACUUCAGCAAAUGUUUCAAUAUUUAAAAUGGUACGAACACAGCAGAAGAAAAUCAAUGUCAUUUCUGUAAAUCAUGAAGGAGCCAAUUUUGACAUGCAAGUACAGAAAAAGAAAAGAGCAGAUUUUAAAUUACAACUGAAAGCUGUUCGGAUGUUGUUUCUAAUAAUUGGUAUCUUCUACAUAGCAAUUAUGCCCUACACAGUUUUCGUUAUGACAUAUCAAACUUUCACAAAAACUGAAUUGAAACCAAAGGAGCUGACAACAUUGAGCCUCUUAACUAUAAGAAUAGCAUUUAUCUCUAGCUUCUUCAUAUAUUUAUUCACAGACAGAUCCUAUAGAAAUGGAUUUAAUAAAUAUGUUCUUUGUUGCAAAAAAAAUAAAGUAAUGACUGAGAAUGAAGAGUACUACAAAUCAACAUCAAAAACGAUUAAUGAAUAGAGCAGUAAUCAAAACUCACAUCUGCUUGAUUGCCAAUGGUAAUAACAUUUCACUCAUGGCAGUGAGCUUGGCAAAACUAGUGGCCUAUUGGGAAAUGGACCGAAUUGCAAUAUAGUAAAUUGUGGAAAUCAUGUUUUCAAUCUCAGUUGUGAACCAUGACAGUAUGUUCCUUCACAAAUUACACUUAAUCUCAAGUGUUACGUGAUUAUCUGGAUUCAGAAUUGCUCAACUUUAUACUUCAAUACAAUUUUGUCUUUGUGGGCAUACAUGGUGAGUCUGUAUAGUAUGAAAGACCAGAAAGUAUCAAAAAUU